UGUGGCUUCCUGUUGUCUGUUACGUCACUACCUCUCUUCGCUGCUACGUUAGCAAUGGCUAAAACAGCAGAGCGGGAAUGUGCUUUAAUAAUUAUUAACGGCUGUUAGAAUGAGAUAAAAAAAAUGGAAGGUGCAGAAGUGGAGUCUUGUGUGACAGAGGAGGACGACUGUCCAAACCGAACAGAGGUUUCAUGUUUAAUGAGAGUCGGAAGAAAUUCCGACUGGCUUCAUCUCUUCAGAAACACUGAGAUCACAAUAGGACGUGGUUUAGACGUCACCUACCAGCUACUGUCCCCCACGUGUCCUCUUAUGAUCUCCAGACUGCACUGUACUUUCAAGCUGAGUGACGACGGACACUGGACAGUCACAGACAAGAGGAGUCUGAAUGGCGUGUGGGUGAAUGGGCAUCGCCUACCUGCUGGGGAAACACACCAGUUGAAGUUUGGAGACUCCAUCCAACUUGGAGUUCCUCUAAAUGGAAGCAAAGUAGAGUUUGACUACACCCUCAUCCAAAGGCCCCUCAACGACAUUCAACCUUUCCUGGCUAUGGUGAACAGAGAUGCUGCAAAUUCAGCUGCAGUUUCAAAAAAAUCCAAGAGAAGGUUGUCCACAGAGGAGGUCGAGCCGUCUACAUCCAAACCCAAGCUUUAUCGUCACACCUCGGCCGACAAGUCUUGCGCAAAGCCCUGUCCUCUGCCACAGAGGAGGUGCCAGCAGAGGCCCAGUCACACAGAAGCAGAGAAACCUGGAGCUGAAACUGAGCAAGUGACAGAAGCAGAGCAAACCUACAGUGUCCACAUUGACCCCUGUGACCUGGACAAUUUACAGAUGUACAGCCAGAACAUUAUGUUGCUCAGGGAGCAGGUGAUGACCACCCAGAGGCAGGUCGCCUCCCUGGAGGAGCAGUCCCCGUAUGCUGACCCUCACAGGGAUGAGCAGGUGAAGGAGCUGCAUGGUCAGCUGGAGACGCUCCAAGCCAAAAUGCAGCGGAUGGAGAGGCUGGAGAAAUCCUUCAGUGCGACUAAGAGAAAACUGGAGGCUGAGAAAACGCAGCAACAAGAGGAGCUUUUGAAGAGACAGCUGGAGGAGGCCCUGCAGGAGCAAAAGAAAGUGAUUGUUGAGCUGGCACUUUCUCGUCAAGGCUUUGAAGAGAUGCUCUUAGCCAAAAACAAAGAACUCGAAGUGACGAAGGAGGAGAAAGAAAAAGCCAAGGCUCAAAAAGAGGAAGUCGUGACACAAGUGACUGAGGUUCUGGAGAACGAGCUUCAGUGCAUCAUCUGCUCCGAGCUGUUCAUUGAGGCUGUGAUUUUGAACUGCGCUCACAGCUUCUGCUCCUACUGCAUCAAUCAGUGGCGCAAAAAGAAGAACGAGUGUCCCAUCUGUCGCCAGGCCAUCCAGUCUCAGACCCGUUGUCUGGCUCUGGACAACUGCAUCGACAGCAUGGUGGAAAACCUGAGUCUGGACAUGAAGGCCCGGCGUAAGACUCUGAUAACGCAGAGGAAAGCACUUGACUCUUCUCCAGUGAUGGUGGUCAUGGAUGAUGAAGAGGACGAGGACGAGGAGGGGGAUAAUGAAGACAACAGCAGCAUUUGGAGCAGUGAGAACAGCAGCCACGGUAGCUUUGUCUCCAUAGGAAGCAGCCUGAGCUCCGUGGUCUCCGUGGAGACUGGCAGCAGCACCCACUUGGACUCCAGCCCCGCUUGCAGCGCUGGUACCGACCAGAGUUCGGACGAGUCUGAGGACUGACCCGGUUCUUCUGUGAGCUACAGUGUGAAGUGGACAUCUGCGUUAGCAAUUUCUUCAAACUUUUCUGCAACGCUAAUGAAUCUUGGUCUCAUCAUGAGCCCCGUUAGCACGUUCAGCUAAAGUAGUACUUUUUUUUUUUUAAUCCUGCAAGUGGAUUGGUUUCUUUAUUUUCAAGUUUAAGAAUAAAUUUUGUGCCAAUGUUUGUCAUAGUUAUGAUGUACGUGUUAUGUAUGUGUUUUGACAGUUGUUAGAGGAAGGUUUAACGGAAGUUACUUUGUAAACUACAACGGUGUAUUAAGGCCACAUUGAGGACAAAAAUAUAUCUAAAAUUACAAGAAUAAAUAAGUUUUAAGUUUUGCACAAAGCAUUGGACCAUAGGCCAGUCAGAAUAAGAAGCGGGGGCCAUCUCACUUGUGACUUCUUUUCUUUUAAAUUGUGAAAAAAAAUGUACUUUUUUUUUUUCUCCCAACCUCACGUCUUUUAUCUCAUAAAUUUACAAGUUCUUUUUUUCUCGUAAAGUUGCAUCCUUUGCCUCAUAAAUUUACUACUUUAAACUUGAAUUUUUAUUUAUCAUUCCCAAUGUGGCCCUAAUACUCUGUGGUAGUAAACUUUAAUGACUAAAAACAUUUUGUAGACUGUAUUAUUAUUAUUUGACUACUUUAUUCUAAGACUAGUCUGAUCUUUUGUCAGACAUGUUUUCUCGGAAUCUUGAUGUUAGUGUUUACCUUUUUUGUCAGGACCAUUUUGACCACUAUGAUUCUGACAGUGGUCUGGGAGUUUUUUUCUUCGGGGAAAUCGUUUAUUCUCAAGCUGUUUGCCUGAGUUGCUGCAAGUUUUAAAUAUAUUCAUACAAUUCUA